CUGCGUUGCCACCUAACGCAACAAAUUUAUCGUAAUGGAUGCAUCAUUGCAUGAACUAUCGAUAAGUGCUAUCGCAGGCGCCAAAUUUAAUACGUGUAAAUACAAAUAGAAAAUGAAAAGAGAAAUGAAAACAUGUUCACCGCAUAUACAUAUUAAUGGCUAAUAGCAGUUGCACUAAUUGCAUAGCUUGCAUAGCAAACAGCACACAAGUCAAAUGUCAAUGGCAGCUUUCGCAAAUCUCACCUAAUUGCAAGGAUUAAGUGCUUAUAAUACACUCAUUAAAAUUAUAUAGGGCAGCCUGAGAACCGGCGCAAGUGAAAAGAAAUGCUGGGCGUAAAUAACAAAGCGCAGCCAUCAAGCGUUGUCAUCAAAGCUGCCCUGUUGAAUAGCUCGGAUAUCUCUUUCGCUCGAAAAUGGCAUAGACUGCAAGCAUAUUAAAUUAAAGGCCCGCCCGCACCUCCAAGGUGCUAGACAAUAAAUUCCAUGUUUUCGACGGCCGGCUACAGCGUCCACAAUUAAGGUCGCACUGUCAACUGGUUGCCCCGCCCACAUUCAAGUGGUGUUGUGCCGACUAUAAAAGUCCUCAACAUGCAGCCAGCUGUACGAAUCAACUGCAGUCAUGGAUGCGGCCUACUUUCUUCGCGUGCAGACCCUGACAUUUCGGAUGAUGGGCUUCGACUUGUGGGAGAGCGGCAGCAAAAACGAUCGUCCGCAGAUAACAUUUGUGGUAAUGAUCCUGUCGAUCGCGUUUCUGGCGCCGCUGCUCUUCUCCACAGUGAUUAACGUGACCAUCGUGAGCAUCAUGAGCGACGCCUUGGGCUCGGUGCUGGCCAUCGUUGUGUCCGUGGUCAAGUACUUGGUAUUUGUCUACCAUCGCAAGAGCUUUGUGCAUCUGAUCUAUCGCAUACGCGACAUACUAGAGAAGGAGAUGCGAGCAUUGCCGGAGAUAAUUCCCAUUGUGGAGAUGGAGAAUCGCAACGAUCAAUCGCUGAGUCUGACAUACAUGCGCUGCUUCUUUGCCGCAUGCGUCUUCGCUGGGGUCAAGCCGGUCAUAAUCAUGCUGACGCUGCGGCUACGAACGGGUCACACUCACCUGGAGCUGCCGCACGCGGGCGUCUAUCCGUGGAGCGACCAGGCGUUGCUGCCCUAUGUGCCCACUUACCUGUGGAACCUGAUGGCCAGCUAUGGCGCCGUGACCAUGUCCCUGGCAAUGGACACACUGCUCUUUGCCUUCACAUACAAUGUGUGCGCCCUGUUCAAGAUUGCCCAAUAUCGCGUUCGGCAUUUGCAGCCCAUCAGCGAUGCGCCGCGCCGCGAGCUAGACGAACUGGUGCGGGUGCUGCAGCUGCAUCAGACCGGCCUGGAUAUUGGCACCCAGCUGGGCCACAGCCUGCGACCGCUGGUGUUCAUACAGUUCCUUGUGUCGGCUGUGCAGCUCUGCUUUGUUGGCUUCCAGCUGGCCGACCUGUUCCCCACCCUGGAGUGCAUAUACUUUAUCUUCUUUCUCGGCUCGAUUGUUAUAGCCCUGUUCAUAUAUUCGCACUGCGGCGAGAACAUGAGGCAGGCCAGCGUCGACUUCGGCACGGCCCUCUACGACAGCAGCUGGGUGGACUUUGCGCCGGCGACCAGGCAGGCGCUCAUCGUGGCCAUAAUGCGCGCUCAGCUCCCUUGCCAGCUGAACGGCUACUUCUUCGAGCCCAACAUGGCCAACUUUUCAGCGGUGGUUCGCUCGGCCAUUUCAUACGUCAUGAUGUUGCGCUCCUUCAAUGGCUAGCCAGGAGCCACGAUCUUCUCCUGUUUGCCUGCGUUUAU